UCGAAACUGUACUUCAUAAACUACUGAACAAUUCAAAUGAUCACGAUCACCUUCUGAAACAUGCUUCGUGACCACGACCCCGGUGAAACAUAUUCAGAAUACCACAGCACCUACCUCAGAAGAUCUUCUCCGCCAGGAAGCCCUGCAAUCAAAAGGUGCUGUUACGAUCACAAAAAAUACAAUAAACCAAAUGAGCCUUCUUUCUUCUGCUGUUGUUAUAGUUGUACAGGAAACAGAUCGACAUCGAUUUUAGCAACAUUGGGAGUGUGUUGCUUAGUUCUGGGGUACACCAUUGUAGGAGCUUUUAUAUUCAUGUCGUUAGAGGGUGGCCUUCAACAGGACACAGCCGUUGCUGCAUCUAAAUCGAAUCCCAAAGGAGAUAGCUCCAUUAUUGGCGAUUUGAGAACGGACACAGUAGAUAGAUUGUGGAGCAUUACAGAAAAUUUGAAUAUUCUCUAUAGGGAGAACUGGACUAGACUGGCAGCUGAGGAAGUUCUGUUAUUUCAGGAAGCAUUGUUCAAAGUGUUAAAAAAUAGUGAAAGUGGAUAUAUCAGUUCAAGCGAGGGGACCAUGCCGUUUCACCACAGUUUUCACAAAUGGAGCUUCAGUUCCAGUUUCUUGUAUUCGUUGACCCUUAUUACUACUAUCGGAUGUAUGAAGGACAGGCUUUUUAAAGAAAAAAGUGAAAAUUUUACAUUCAAGAAAGUCAUCAAAAUAGCUUUGAACAAGGAAGCUAGCAGUCAAAGAAGUCAAUGUGAAUGUGAACUCAGCCCAGAACAGAAAGAGUAUCACCUAGAGAGUAGGAAGUAUUCAGGUACAAUAGAAGAAAGGAGGUUGGAAAGCAGUAGCCGUCCUCCACAGCGAGGUAGGAGCAACUUCAGCAAGACGUCCGUCCCGACGGCAGCAGAAACAGAAAAAACAUUAUGUGAAGUGUGUGGUGAAGUACAUCCACCACCAUGA